GGGAAUUGGGCGGUGAGUCGACUCGGGCUCCCUGCCUCGCUCUCCGGUUGCUUUCUCCAGUUUUUGCUCGUUCUCUCUGAGCUGAGCUUACACGCACACGCUUAAAGGGGGCCUCGUUCCGCUUUCCCGCUCGUGCCCCUUUUGGUCUUUUUGCACCUGCUCCCAUCUUCCCCUCGUCGCCAAAUCAGACGGGCCACUUCUCUCCACGUCACCAUCGUCUUCUUCACCCCCCUGCGACCUCCUCUCUCCCACACACACAUCUAAGAAAAAUAAUAUCUCGCACAUAUCUCUAUAACCAAAACCACCGCUUCUUCUUCUUCGUCUAGGGUUUCUCCUCUUCUCCCCCAAUCGCCUUCUUCCUUUCGCAACCUUCAAUUUCCAUGUCUGGCUCUUCCUCCUCCGCCGCUCAAUUGAAGCUCCUUCCAGGGUUUGAUUGAUUGUGUGAUGGUGUGAGAGUUUGGGGUCUGGUGAGAUUGGAGGUGGCCUGGUUUUGAAAUUUGUUGCUUUUGGCGGGUUUUGGCAUUUGGUUGUGAAUUUUUUUUAGGGGGAGUCUAUGGCGAUUGAGAAGAAUAACUUCAAGGUUUCGAGGUUGGAUUCGGAGGUCUCUCCUGGUAGUAGGAAGAGUGUCUCCAGUGACGAUGAUGAGCUCCAGCAGCGUAGCUCUGCUGCUGAAUCUGAUGAUGAUGAUGAGUUUGAUGAUGCUGACUCCGGGGCCGGGUCGGAUGACUUUGAUUUGUUAGAAUUGGGGGAAACCGGUGUCGAGUAUUGCCAGGUUGGGAAUCAGACUUGCGGCAUUCCUUUCGAGCUGUAUGAUCUUCCGAGUCUGGAGGAUAUAUUGUCAGUGGAUGUGUGGAAUGAGUGCUUGAGUGAGGAGGAGCAGUUCGGCCUUACUAAGUAUCUGCCUGACAUGGACCAGGAGACGUUUAUGAUUACCCUCAAGGAGCUCUUUACGGGGUGUAACUUCCAUUUUGGGAGCCCCGUUACCAGGCUGUUUGAUAUGUUGAAGGGAGGUUUGUGCGAGCCAAGAGUUGCCCUUUACCGGGAGGGUUUGAAUUUCUUUCAGCACCGGCGACACUACAAUCUUUUGAGGAAGCAUCAGAACACUAUGGUUCGUAAUCUCUGUCAGAUAAGGGAUGCUUGGCUUAAUUGCAAGGGAUACAGUAUUGAGGAGAGGCUCCGGGUGUUGAAUAUAAUGAGAAUCCAGAAGAGUUUGAUGUCUGAGAAGAUGGAAGAUAUGGCCAGUGACUCAUCAGAAAGAGAUUCAGGUGAAGGUCUACGGAGUAACAAGAUCAAGGACAGGAAAGUUGCACAGCAAAUCAGUCGUCAUUCUCCAUAUGGGGUGGGCUCCAAUAUGGAUUUUGCAUCAAAAGGGCGGUCACCGUCUUUGGAAGUGGCCAAAUAUGGGAAGCAGAAUUCCAAAGGCAUACUGAAGUUGGGUGGGUCAAAGACUCCUUUAGAAAAAGAGCCAGUGAGUUAUACUGGACCAUACAGUUCUGCAACUGUUCUUCCUCGGUCGAAUAAGCUUGGGGCGUAUGAUUCUGGGGCAGCUCUCAGAAUGAGGGAUCAGAUGAUAAGUAGUGAUGAUGCUGAAGAAACAACAUAUGGAAUUGAUGUUCAACGGGAUCGAUUUGCGUCUCGUGGUAGCAUGCCUGACAAGUCUGGUCUUCUGAAAGUGGGAAAGAAUCUUAUAAGAGGUAAUGAUGUAAUCGCUGACAGUUUAAUGGGUCUGCCUCUCUCUACAAAAAAUGAUGUACAUGCUUAUGCUAGGAACCGGGAUGCAAACCUUUUGUCGGAGGCAAAGGUAUUGACAGCAAAACCUCCUAACAUGAGGGCUCCAUAUGAUUUUGGUAUAAAGACCAAGUAUCCAGGAAAUAUUCAGCAAUAUGCAGUGGGCGAUCAGAUGAAAUUCUUGAAAGGCAGACUUCCACAGGCACCUUUCAGAGGAGAUCGAUAUGAUUCAUCCGAUCAUGCUGAUCUAUUCUGGAAUAACAGGAGUGAAGGGGAGGCUUUCGCUAUGGAAUCCCCCUUUCGAGCAGAUGAUUGGAGUCUUAGGAGCAAGAAAUGGAAGACUGGGAGGGAGUCUCCUGAUUUAAAUUACAAGUCCUAUAGAGCCUCCCCGCCACAGAUGAAUGAUAGAUUUUUAUCUUCUGAAUUUAGAGCAAAACCAUUGCAAGGGAAGAUAAGAGGGAAUAAACUACAUAAUGGAGGAUCAGACAUGGUGGCGUUGAAAGGUAAUAGAAUGUUUGUUAAAAAUGAAGAAACAGAAUCAGACUCAUCAGAUCAAUUUGAGGAUGAUGAGGAUAGCAACCCUUUGCUGAGGAGCAAGUUGGCUUAUCCCAGUGGCGUUAUGGAACCUUCUCCAUCUUCAUUGUUGAUGCCCAGUCUAGAUGCAAAAAGACCCAAAUAUGCGCAGAAAGAGAUGAAGAAUAUGCAGGCCCUUGAGGGGAUCAAUUACUCCUCCAAAAAGAUGGGUGGUUUUGUUGAUCAAGGAAAUAUGCGUAGUUUAGAUAACUAUUCUUCCAAAGGAAAACAGAAGGGUAAGAUGGGAGACAGUAGUCCCUUGCAUUUGGAAGGGCGCUAUUUCCCCAGCUUGGAUAAACUUGACGACAAUGAUGAUGAUGAACUGAAGCCACUCUACAGAUUGGGCAAGAAUGCAAAACUUCAAGGGGGACCUGGUGAAAGGUUGCAUAUACCCUCACUCAAGACUUAUACUGCUAGUGGAAAGCAGAAACGAGAAGUUGGUCAUGACCAUUCUGUUUCACAGUCUCAAUACUUUGUUGAUGAGGAAGAUGAUUCCCUUCAAAUGCGUUCACUGGGAGAUGGUAGUGCACAGGGUAGAUCCAGAAACAAAGGCCAGAAUGUCGAAGCAUAUUUGAGGGAUCACCGUGAAAACAUUGAGGUCCCAAUACUUGGCUGCAGUUUGGUGACAAAGAAGCGGAAAGGGAAAGAGGAUGCCAUGGAUAUGAGUAGAGGAGAUGAAGAUCUACUGUCCAAUCAUUUGCAACGCAGUGCUGAGUCCCAUUCCUUGAAGAAAAAGGUAAAGAGGAAGAUGGAGACGGACACUGGUAGUUCAGAUAUGGAAAUUUCUGAGCUCCCACUUACAGAAAUGGGAGCAACAGAUAUGGAGCUGGAAACCAAGCCCCAGAAAAAGCCAUUUAUUUUAAUUACACCCACUGUUCAUACUGGUUUCUCAUUCUCGAUUAUGCAUCUUCUUUCAGCAGUUCGCUUGGCAAUGAGUACUCCACUUUCGGAAGAUACUUUAGAUGUUGGGGAACCUAUAGAUGUGAAGAACAAAAGUCAGGAAGGUGGUGCCAAUGGCGUUAUUACUCAUGAAAAGGUGGAUGCAAAUAAUGGUGAGCAUGCUGGAGAAGGGAGUACGCCUUUUGUAACAGUUCAGGAGAUUGUGAAUCGUGUUAGAUCGAAUCCAGGAGAUCCUUGCAUUCUUGAAACACAAGAACCACUUCAGGAUCUGGUGAGAGGAGUUCUGAAGAUUUUUUCAUCAAAAACAGCACCUUUAGGGGCGAAGGGUUGGAAGCCAUUAGCUGCUUAUGAAAAAGCUACAAAAAGUUGGUCAUGGACUGGCCCAGUCUCUCAUAGUUCAUCGGAUAAUGAGACCAUUGAGGAGGUAACAUCUCCUGAAGCAUGGGGUCUUCCUCACAAGAUGCUUGUCAAGUUGGUUGAUUCGUUUGCUAAUUGGCUCAAAUGUGGGCAAGAGACCCUCCAACAAAUAGGAAGUCUUCCUGCACCGCCUUUGGAGUUGAUGCAGCCCAACGUAGAUGAGAAGGAGAGGUUUAGGGACUUAAGAGCUCAAAAGAGUCUUAAUACCAUCAAUCCAAGUUCUGAAGAAGUGAAAGCUUAUUUCCGUAAGGAGGAACUUCUUAGGUAUUCAGUACCUGACAGGGCCUUCUCUUACACCGCAGCUGAUGGUAAAAAAUCUAUUGUUGCCCCAUUGAGAAGAUGUGGUGGUAAACCAACAUCAAAAGCCCGAGAUCACUUUAUGCUGAAACGUGAUCGACCGCCACAUGUUACGAUCCUUUGUCUUGUGAGAGACGCAGCUGCCAGAUUGCCUGGAAGUAUUGGAACCAGAGCAGAUGUAUGUACUUUGAUAAGAGAUUCUCAGUAUAUUGUUGAAGAUGUGUCUGAUACACAAGUGAAUCAAGUUGUUAGUGGAGCCCUGGACCGCUUGCAUUAUGAGCGUGAUCCUUGUGUACAGUUUGAUGGGGAAAGAAAAUUAUGGGUCUAUUUACAUAGAGAAAGAGAAGAAGAAGAUUUUGAGGACGAUGGUACUUCAUCUACAAAGAAAUGGAAGAGGCAGAAAAAGGAUGCUGCUGAUCAACCUGACCUAGGAGGAGUGACAGUGGCUUAUCAUGGAUCUGAGGAACAAUCUGGAUAUGAUUUGUGCUCCGAUCUUAACGCAGACCCAUCAUUUUUGGAUGAUGACAAGGGAAUGGAACUUGAAUACGAUGAUGUGAGGCAAGAUGCAGACGUUGAUGUUGAUACCAAUCAGGGGUCUGAACAAGACGAAAUGCGUCAAGACAAUCCACUGGUUUGGGAGGGUCUUGACUUAAAUCCUAUGCGUGAAAGUAAAUUGCUUUGUCAGGAAAAUUCCACAAAUGAAGAUUUUGAUGAUGAAACGUUUGGCAGAGAAAGGACCGUUGGGCUCUUGAGUGCAAGCUUACUAUGAGGUCUUCUUCAGAAUGUUGAUAUGUUUUGCAGGCAUAACGAUCCUCUACAUCCAUCUCUGAUUGUUCCAGAUCAAGGAGUUUAGGAAAUGUUGUCACAUUGAAGGUGCAGUUUUUUUGCAUAUAUAUUGAUUCUAUCAGGAAAUGUAGAGUAGAAAUUUGAUCUUGUUUGAACCAUGGGGUUGGUACAGGUGGAUAUCUAUAUAGUUCCGCAUUCCAUAAAUAAAAUUUUGUCUCUAUUUUAGAUCAUAAAAAAUGGAAAGAGAAACUACUUCAUCCUGUACAUUAAGUUGAGCAAAGUGACUUAUUCAGUAUUUGGGCCGUCUAUACAUUUUUAGAGUUCAGUCAUUCAAAUGAGUUGUUUUGUCAAAACUAAAUUUAUUUAGACUAUAAAUGAGUUUGGUUAGUCAUGAGUCCCUCCAAUGAUGAGCUGAUGAGCUGUGUUUAUACCCUAACCUGCUCAUUUUUUUUCCUUUCUUUAUCAAAUCCUUAACGGAAUCCAAUUUUGUUUAUUUCUUGUUCACUUAAGUUUUUCAUUAUUGUUCAAUAGAGUUUAAAGCUUUCAUUUGAAGAGGUAUUGGAUUCGGGUGCAUUGUCUACAAAGGGUGGUGAAGGGAUAGGAAAAUGCUUUCAUUUCACUUUUGAAUUAUGAUGAGACAGGUAUAAUUUGGGAUUUACGCAAAAGGUGUAUACUGAAUAAACUAGGGGCAUAAACAGAGUCAUCAAGGAAACAAAAAUGUUUUGUUUGUUGGGAAAAUUGUAGUGCAUAGUCUGUUUUUAGCUGGAUUUGGUUGAGCCAACAGAUCAAACUGGUAGAAAAGCUGCAGAUAUGGCAUACAUGUACUUUAAUAUCUUUGAAUUUCAA